UAAUCGUCACAUACAUUAUGGGUUAUGGCCAAUGGUUAUAGCCAGUAACAACUAGGGGUAGCUAGGCACUGGAGCGUAAAGUAUUUGAAUUGACCGACAAUCGCUAGCAGACUGAGCUGUCACAGUCAGCCUGUUUUUUUUACCGCCUGCUAUGUUAGGUUACAGGCUGGCAAGUGUGGAAGAAGUCACAGUCAAGAGACUCAAGAAGCUUGAGCUGUGGCUAACGACCCGACGUACAUUAUUUACCAGUUUUCACUAGCUAGCUAGCCUAGUUAGCUACUUUAACUAACGUUAGUUAGGUUAACAAUGUCGUUCAUUAUGAUGAAGAAAAAUAAAUUCAAAUUUAAGGUAGAUUUCGAGUUGGAUGAACUAUCUUCUGUUCCCUUUGUCAACGGGGUCUUGUUCUGCAAAGUACGGCUCCAAGACGGUGGCUUUACUGAAGAGUCCUCUCGGGAGCAGGUCCAGGCUAACUGUGUGCGCUGGAGGAAGAGGUUCUCCUUCCUGUGUAAGAUGAGUGCCAACGCUGGGACAGGAGUACUGGACCCCUGUGUGUGCCGGGUGUCUGUGCGCAAGGAAAUGAAGGGUGGAAAGACCUUUGCAAAGCUGGGUUUCGCUGACCUGAACCUGUCAGAGUUUGCUGGCUCUGGCAGCACCACGCGGCGAUGUCUACUAGAGGGUUACGAUACCAAGAACACCAGACAGGACAACUCCAUACUCAAGGUCGUCAUCAGCACACAGCUCAUGUCUGGGGACCCCUGCUUUAAAACGCCACCGUCCACAGCCAUGAAACUGGGCAUCCAGCAGGCAGAGUGUCUCUAUGAAGACAGGAAGGGAGGGGACACCCACACACCCUGCCUCCCUAUACCAGAGCCCCCAGGGAAGUGUGUGUCUACUCCUGAUGAGCCGAGAGCAUAUGGCCACUCUAGAACAUCCAGCUAUGCCAGCCAACAGUCCAAAGUGUCAGGCUAUAGCUCAGGUCACUCACGCUCCUCCAGCCUAUCAGAGCUCACACACAAGAGGAACCCCUCAGCGGGCUCCGCCUCCACAGGCAUCGGAAGUAUUCCUGAACCCAGCGUGGACCGGGGGGGUGAGAGGGAGGCCCGCUCUACACCUCCUGUCUCUGUCCCCUGUUCCUGCUCCCCCGUGCCUGAACACCCCCCCACCCCCGCAAAGAGAUCUGCCUCCUCAGAGAGACUCAGCAGGCAUCCAGUGAAGCAGAGCUCGGUGGAGUGUCAGCUGAAGAGGGUAGACGCCACACGGGUGGAUGCUGACGACAUCGUGGAGAAGAUCCUCCAGAGCCAGGACUUCAGCCACGGCCUGCUGGACUCCAGCGCUGAGGAGGAGGGGCUCAGGCUGUUUGUUGGUCCUGGUGGAAGCACAGCGCUGGGAAGCCAACACACCAGGGUUGGCGCGGGGCCCUACGAGCAGGUGGUGAUCAGACUCUAGCCCCCUGGGAGUGGAUGUGUCUCGUAAGGUGCCAGAACACCACAGAGUCUGACAGAGGGAAAUAGUUGUCUCACGUCUAAGCAGGACAAACAUUUGUUCCAAUGGGAGUCCAGGUCUGAUGUGUGGAACCUGUGUAAGCCUGCUCCCCUAGUGUUGAAGCCAGGAGGUGACCUGAAGUUCAUGAUUACAACUUGUUCAAUAACUUUCAGAAGAAAGAGGAUAUAUUUAUAUACACACAAUGUGUAGUCGGAAAGUAUUGAGAACCCUUGAUUUUUUCCACAUUUUGUUACAGCCUUAUUCUAAAAUGUAUUUUAUAUGUAUUUUAUAUAUAUAUAUAUAUAUAUAUAUUCAACCUACGCACAAUACCCCAUAAUGACAAAGCAAAAACAGUUUUUUCGACAUUUAUUAAAAAUGGAAAUAUCACAUUUAAGACCCUUAACUCAGUACUUUGUUGAAGCACAUUUGUCAGUGAUUACAGCCUUGGGUCUUCUUGGGUAGGACGCUACAAGUUUGGCGCACCUGUAUUUGGAGAGUUUCUCCCAUUCUUCUCUGCAGAUCUUCUCAAGCUCUGUCUGGUUGGGUGGGGAGCGUCGCUGCACAGCUAUUUUCAGGUCUCUCCAGAGAUGUUCGAUCGGGUUAAAGUGCGGGUUCUGGCUGGGCCACUCAAGGACAUUCAGAUACCUGUCCUAAAGCCACUCCUGUAUUUUCUUGGCUGUGUGCUUUGGGUCGCUGUCCUUUUGGAAGGUGAGCCUUCGCCCCGGUCUGAGGUCCUGAGCGCUCUGGAGCAGGUUUUCAUCAAGGAUCUCUUUGUACUUUUCUCCGUUCAUCUUUUCCUCGAUCCUGACUCGUCCCCCAGUCCCUGCCGCUGAAAAACAUCCCCACAGCAUGAUGCUGCCACCAACAUGUGUCACCGUAGGGAUGGUGCAAGGUUUCUUCCAGACGUGACACUUGGCAUUCAGGCCAAAGAGUUCAAUCUUGGUUUCAUCAGACUGGAGAACCUUGUUUCUCAUGGUCUGAGAGUCCUUUAGGUGCCUUUUGGGAAACUCCAAGCGGGCUGUCAUGUGCCUUUUACUGAGGUGUGGCUUCCAUCUGGCCACUCUACCAUAAAAGCCUGAUUGGUUGAGUGCUGCAGAGAUGGUUGUCCUUCUGGAAGGUUCUCCCAUCUCCACAGAGGAACUGGAGCUCUUUCAGAGUGAUCAUUGGGUUCUUGUUCACCUCCCAACCCUUCUCCCCCGACCCUUCUCCCAACCCUUCUCCCCCGAAGUAGCCAGCUCUAGGAAGAGUCUUGGUGGUUCCAAACUUAUUCCAUUUAAGAAUGAAGGAGGCCACUGUGUUCUUGGGGACCUUCAACGCUGCAGAAAUAUUUUGGUGUCCUUCCCCAGAUCUGUGCCUCGACACAAUCCUGUUUUCGAGCUCUACGGACAAUUCCUUCGACCUCAUGUCUUGGUUUUUACUCUGACAUGAACUGUCAACUGUGGGACCUUAUAUAGACAGGUGUGUGCCUUUCCAAAUCAUGUCCAAUCAAUUAAAUUUACCACAGGUGGACUCCAACCAAGUUGAUGAAACAUCUCAAAGAUGAUCAAUGGAAACAGGAUGCACCUGAGCUCAAUUUCGAGUCUCGUAAUAAAGGGUCUGAAUACUUAUAUAAAUAAGAUAUAUUUUUUAUAUAUAAAUGUGCAAAAAUGUCUAAAAACCUGUUUUUGCUUUGUUGUUAUGGGGUAUCGUGAUGUCAUUAUGUGGUAUUGUGAUGUCAUUAUGGGGUAUUGUGAUGUCAUUAUGUGGUAUUGUGAUGUCAUUAUGGGGUAUUGCGUGUAAACUGAUGAUGAAAACAAUUUAUUUAAUACAUUUUAGAAUAAGGCUGCAACGUAACAAAAUGUGGAAAAAGGGAAGGGGUCGGAAUACUUUCCGAAUGCACUGUAUAUAUUGAGUACUGUUGGAAUUAAACUGUGCAGAGUGGUAUAAUGUUCUCUACCCAGAGAGGUUAGACUUUCAAUUCUGCAGGCCUUCUGUUCAAUGAAGACUUCUUGUUAUACAAGUAGGAGAAUGCUCACCUCUUACAACAAAAAGGGCUUGUUGUUUUUUAAAUGUUUUUUUAGUCCUUCCAAAUGGUUCUAGGUUACUCUGGGAGAUAUUUUGUAAUUUACUGUUUUAUUGUUUGGUAUGUUGCUGCUUGAUAUGUUCACUGUGUAAAAUGUGUAGUAUUUCUCACACACACACACACACACACACACACAGGUGUUUUAACCGACAAAGUGUGGCAAUGAGCUGGUUUCGUUUUCCACAAGGACCUUAAAACUGACUAAAGAACUAUACACACACAGCUUGCCUGACGUCACUGACCUACAGGUGCCCUAUUCUGUCAAGUGAACAGAGAUGAACUGACAUAUCUGUUUAGCUAUACAUGGAGACCCAAGAGGCAAGCACAUCAUUAACUCAAAAACAUUAUUAGGAUUCUAUGAGCAGAGAAAUUAUAUAAGUGCGAGAUGGGGUUGCUGCUUGGCUCCUUACGAUGAAGUAAUGAAAGGAGGAGAAAGCAAAGGGAGGAGGAGUGUCAACAUCAGAUGGAGGUGAAGAAGAUGUCCUUGUAGCUAUAGAUUAGGGUUAAGGUUUCAAAUCCUCAGGAAAAAUGGUUUACAGUAAAUGUACUAUGCUCUAUGAUCCCAAAAUGGACAGUUCAGUUCACACUGUGUCACUUUGAUAUACAAAACUGUAUUGGGAGAGAAGCCUCCUUGGACAGAAAGCUUUCAUCUUUUCAGAAAGCUUAUUUUCAUACAACAACAGGCACUCCUAGCAACAACUCCUAGUAAGUAGGAGGGAAAACUGAUUUAGGGACAGUAAACAUGGUUGACAUUUUGAAAUUGGAAAGUGGGGCAAGUACAGCUUCACUCAAGGGAAGAUGGAGUCAGUCAAGUACAGCGAUCAAACCAGGAUGUUAAGAGUCCUGCCAACCAUCGAGUAUCUGCAAGGCCAAACAUGACAUUUCUAUAAAUGUUUGUCUUGUUCAGUGCUUUGUUGAAAUACUGUUUGUGGAGUUUGUUAUAUCCAUGAUGUAAGUGUUGCAUCAUUCAACUUCACAUUCAGACUAGUUCUUGUGAUUGUGUAUGUUGAUACUCUGCAUUUGUCGGUUUUUACUGGUAUAAAUAAAUUAGAGAAAGAAUGCUCUUCAAAUCAAAAGUUAUUGGUCACAUACACAUGGUUAGCAGAUGUUAAUGCGAGUGUAGCGAAAUGCUUGUGCUUCUAGUUCUGACAAUGCAGUAAUAUAUAACAAGUAAUCUUACAAUUUCACAACAACUACCUAAUACACACAAGUGUAAAGGAAUGAAUUAGAAUAUGUACAUAUAAGUAUAUGGAUGAGCGAUGGCCGUACGGCUUAGGCAAGAUGCAGUAGAUGGUAUAGAAUACAGUAUAUACAUAUGAGAUGAGUAAUGUAGGAUAUGUAAACAUUAUUAAAGUGCUGUUAUUUAAA